AUGGCAAUCUUAAAACUGAAAAUGUUCCUUCCGGAGGCUUUAGUGGACAAUAUGAGAGUCCAGUCCAGUGAAAAUAUCUUAGGAAAGAGAAGAUCAGUAAAAAGGCUGAAGGCGAGAUGUCUCACAAGGCCAGUAAAGAUGGUGAUGGUAGAAAGACAUUUAAAUGUUUCCAUUGUGACAAAUGAUUUAAAAGGGCAGCUAAACUUCGCGAACAUAUCAGAGUUCAUUCGGAUGAAAGGCCUAAUAAAAGCAAGCAAGUUCUUUAGCCAAGCAGGAGCACUUGGAAGGCAUCACAGGGUGCAUACUGGAGAAAAGCCUUUUCAGUGCAAGAGUUGCAAUAAGUGCUUUAGCCAAGCAGGAAACCUUCGUAAACAUCACAGCCGGGUACAUAUUGGAGGAAAGCCUUUUAAGUGCAGGGUUUGCGGACAGUGCUUUAGCGAAGCGGCAGACCUUCGAAAACAUGACAGGGUACAUACUGGAGAAAAGCCUUUUAAGUGCAAGGUUUGCGACAAGUGCUUUAGCCAAGCAGUAAACCUACGUCAACAUCACAGGGUACAUACCGGAGAAAAGCCCUUUCAGUGCAAGAUUUGCGACAAGUGCUUUAGCCAAGCAGUAAACCUACGUCAACAUCACAGGGUACAUACUGCAGAGAAGCCUUUCAAGUGCAAGGUUUGCGACAAGUGCUUUAGCCAAGCAGGAAGCCUUCGCCAUCAUAACAAAGUACACUUGGGCGGAGAGUUCAGCUGCUGGAUUUGUCAGGUGUUAUAUCGUACUGAGGGCGCCCUACAUGAGCAUUACGAUGAUCAUAUGAAACAAGCGCUUCGUACAAUACGUUAA